UUGGCUCGAGUUUUGAAUACGGUUGAUGGCCGCUGGUGGAUAAGUGGCACCUGUCGGCCGCAGUGUGCUCCCGGUGCCGCCGCCGCCUGUACCGCGCACCUCUGACGGGAAUAACCCAUAAAAUGCGCCUUCAAGAGAACUAGCUGGUUUAAAGUACUGAGUUACUGACUGGAACGGACUCCAAUAUUUAGUGUUGCUGAUUUACCAUCAUGACUGACAGCAGUGUCCUGGUACCUGCCGGUGGCAGGAGUCUACUCGCCGACUCUUCUGUUUUCGAAUCUAGAAUUGCAGAGACUUCAAAAGAAAAUCUCUUUACAGGCUCGGCAGACGUUGAUGAAGACAUGCCGCAAGUAGAGACCAGAGUGGUUCUAGUUCAGGAUGCGGGAAAAAAUGACGCUUUAGUGAAAGCUCUUGAGACAGUUAAACUAAUGGAAGUUCCUGUUAUAAAGAUAAGGGAAUACUGUCGUGAGAAAUCCAGAGAAUCAUUUAUAAAAAGUAUUGUGAAUAUGGAAAUCAAGCAUCCUUACGUCACAACGGAGUCUGUGGAAGAAUAUGCAGAAGCAGAUACACCGGAGUUCGAGAAUGUAUUUGUUAUAUCCGAUUUCCAGCACCCCUCCUUUCGAUACCUGUAUAAAGCUGACUGCAGAGUUCUGGGCCCGCCGAUCAUCUUGUACUGUGCACAAAAAGGAGAGCCAUUGCCAUUCACUUCCCGGCCUCUGUACUGUGCCAGCAUGUUGAAUCUAGUCCUGUGCUUUACUGGGUUCAGAAAAAAGGAAGAACUGGUGAAACUAGUGACGUUAGUCCACCACAUGGGAGGAACCAUACGAAAAGACUUCAGCUCUAAAGUGACACAUCUUAUUGCCAGUUCUACUCAUGGAGAUAAAUUUAGGGUUGCAGUCAGCCUGGGGACUCCCAUCAUGAAGGCCGACUGGAUAUUAAAAGCAUGGGAAAAAAGGAAUGAUUUAGAGUUCAGUGCAACAGAAGAAGAGUUCAAAAGUGAGUUCAAGGUCUCGCCAUUUCAGGACUGCGUAUUAAGUUUUCUCGGCUUUUCAGAUGAGGACCGGGUCAGCAUGGAAGAAAUGACAGUAAUGCAAGGGGGACAGUUUUUACCAGUUGGGGAUGAAACAUGCACUCAUCUAGUUGUUGAAGAAAAUUCUGUCAAAGAGUUGCCUUUUGAGCCUCCAAAAAAACUAUAUGUUGUGAAGCAAGAGUGGUUUUGGGGAAGUAUACAGAUGGAUGCCAGAGCUGGAGAAACCAUGUAUCUCUUCGAAAAGCAUGAAAGCCCAGCUCUCAAAAAGUCUGUAUCGAUGCUUUCAUUGAAUACACCAAGUAGUAACCGCAAGAAACGCAGAUUGAAAGAUACAUUGGCACAGAUAACCAGAGAAACUGACAUUUCACCAUUUCCACCUCGAAAACGUCCUUCAGCAGAACAUUCCUUGUCUAUGGGAUCAUUGCUUGACAUCUCAAACACUCCAGAGUCUGGAAAAUCUCUUUUAGGAGACACCCCCAAAAUUUCUUGUAAACCAUCCAAGAUUUCCACACCUGUACCCCAUAAGCAGUCAGCAAGAUGGCAGGUUGCAAUGGAGCUGUAUCAAACAGAGAGCAACUAUGUUGACAUUCUUACUACCGUAGUACAGCUUUUUCAAGUUCCCCUAGAAAAAGAGGGACAGCUAGGAGGUCCGAUUCUUGCUCCAGAAGAAAUAAAGACCAUUUUUGGAAGUAUUCAAGAUAUUUUGGAUGUUCACACAAAUAUAAAGGAUGACCUAGAAAAAAUGAUGAUGGACUGGGCAGAAACAAAAAGUAUUGGAGAAGUAAUUCUUUGUUAUUCAAAGGAUUUGGUGAAAAUAUAUCCGCCAUUUGUAAAUUUCUUUGAAAUGAGUAAGGAAACUAUUAUAAAGUGUGAGAAGCAGAAACCAAGGUUCCAUGCAUUUCUAAAGAUUAAUCAAGCAAAGCCAGAAUGCGGGAGACAGACAUUAGCUGAAUUGAUGAUCCGUCCGGUUCAAAGACUACCUAGUGUUGCUCUUCUUUUAAAUGAUCUUAAGAAACAUACCUCUGAGGACAAUCCAGAUAAGAUGAUGCUUGAGAAAGCUAUUGAAUCACUAAAAGAAGUAAUGACUCACAUCAAUGAAGAUAAAAGAAAAACUGAAGCCCAACGACAAAUCUUUGACGUGGUCUAUGAAGUGGAUGGAUGCCCUGCAAAUCUGUUAUCGUCCCAUAGGAUGCUGGUGCAAAGAGUGGAAACUAUAGCUCUGGGGGAAGAUCUCUGUGACCGAGGAGAACAAGUCACACUCUUUCUAUUUAAUGAUUGCCUUGAGAUUGCAAGAAAGCGGCAUAAAGUCAUUGGGACUUUCAAGAGUCCUCAUGGACAAACAAGACCCCCCGCAUCUCUUAAGCAUAUUAGCUUGAUGCCGUUGUCACAGAUAAAGAAAGUUCUUGACAUCCGGGAAACUGAAGAAUGCCAUAACGCGUUUGCAUUGGUAGUGCGACCCCCAACAGAACAGACAAACCAGUUAUUUAGCUUCCAGCUGACAACGGAGGAGCCUCUGAAGGUGGAUUGGCUGAGGAUGUUAUGCCGGCACAUAGCCAACACUAUUUGUAAGGCAGAUGCUGAAAAUUUGAUUUAUACUACUGAUCCCGAUUCAUUAGAAGUGAACACAAAAGAUGUGGAUAGUACAUUGAGCAGAGCAUCCCGAGCUAUAAAGAAAACUUCCAAGAAAGUUACAAGAGCAUUUUCUUUCUCGAAAACGCCCAGGAGAGCCCUGCAGAGGGCGCUGAUGGCACAUAAUACUCCUGAUGCAAGGAGCCCUGGUCCAAGCACGGAGGGAUUUGCAAGCAGUCGCAUGCCAAGUACCACCUCUCUAGCACAUGUCCAUUCUCCUUCCAUGGUGAACCUGUUUGAAAGGAAGUACCAUACCUUCAGUCGUUCGACAACUCAUCUCAUCUGAGGAAUGAAAACUAUCUGUAUUGGUAUAACAGACUAAAGCAGCUGGCUGUUCUUAAAGACUGUUCCUUCCCAUAUGGUACUUCACAGUAGCACUUCAAAUGAAGACAGACGUGAUUUUGAAAUAUUUCAAAUAAUGUGCUCUACCCAAGUUUAAGGCAAAGGCUUGAUUUGUAUAAAUGGCAAAGCUGGACAGUGCUUGUCGUUGUGUCUGUGCAUUAUAAAUGUUUGUGUGGCCAGAGUCUAUGCAUGUAGAAUUACUAGUUAGUCAUGUAUCUACAUUGCCAUGGCUCAUCUUCAUCUCUGUUUAGAUGAGUUUAUAUAUCAUGAGGAUAUUGUGAUGGUCGAUUAUUCCAUUUUGUAUAUAACAUUCCACAGUUUCUACAGGAUGAUUACCUACUGGAAGAUAUAUGUAAGCUCCUCCUGGUCCGGUCCUCUGUAAAUGCUAUAAGCAGGUCUUCUCAGGUGUCCUAAGCAGGAAUGCUGCAACUGGGGGACUGUUCACAUGAUGUAGGGUAGCCAUAUGACCUCUCAACUUUCAUACCGGUCUGUGUACAAUGUGGACAUGCUGGGGUCUUGAAAUGGAAGAGAUGACAUUUUUAAACUCUGUCCCUGUACCAAAGAAAUGUCAGGUUUAAGACACUACAUACAAUUGUUUUUUUUUCUCAGGAUAUGUUCUCCAAUGAAUGUACUGAGGAGCUGUUUUUAUGUAGGAAUUCUUCCAAAUAUCUGCAGCAAAUAGAAUAUUUUCCCCCACUUUUUUGUUGGCUAUAGUCUUUUUAAGUGUUUUUUCUUUAGAAAAUGUGUGUCAAUCAUUUGCAAAUCACAGUUCCUAGUGUAACCAGAGACACCUGCAGUACCUAGAAAGCGCGAUGGAUUCAUUUGUGUUACUUUAAUAUUUAAAGAUGAAGGGUUAAGACAAUAUGGAAGGCCUGUUGAUUUUGUUUUAACCAGCCACAUGUAUUUAUUUGUAGUCAAUUUUUUCAUGCAGGGAAAUUGUGGUCUCUGGUUGUGUGCUAACACUACUAUAAUUUUGUUUUAGGACAGGACAAUUUGGUAUAUCAGAUAUCAGCUGCUCAUCAAUUCCUAUAACAAUUUAAUGUAUAAAAAAAAAAAAAGCAAGUCGCUUUCUUUUAAAACGGUUUGUGUUCACAGCAACAGUAACUUGUAUAUAAAUAAAUUGCUC